AUGAAGUCCAAAGGGGCGUCGAAGACGAAGACAGGGGGCCGACUGGAUUAUAAUUGGGACUGCCUGUCCCGGGAUGAUAUCUACAGACAAAGAGUCUUUGGUACCGAAUCUGGUGCCAACAACUUCAUCCAAACUGAUGACAAGAAACAACGCAGCGUGCUCUCGAUGAUCAUCUACAUUGUUUUGAUUUUGUCCGCCAUGAACUUUGUCUGGAAGGGUGGAGUCAUUGAGUCCAAAUUUGUGGUCACCCGUGCAGUGCUACAGUGGGUGAGCAAUCGAAAGUUCGAUCUCAUGUUGACCCCCGAAGCCUUCGCAGACAUCGACGACUUGGAUGAUGUGAAGGAUUGGUUGAGGUUUGCUCUCCCAGCCAUCAUUGCUUCGCCGGUGCAACAAGCCAAUUUCCCACUUUUCGGAGUCCGUUUUUCAUUGCGGAACGUCUUAGACACCAACAACUCGGAGCCUCGCUUUCAGUCCUUGGCCAAAGUGACCUGGAAGGACAAGGCGGGCAUCCGCACCUCCGCCGCCGCCACAGCCUCAUCCUUCACCGGGGGCUACCAGAACGACGACACCGAGAGCUUCGGGGCCUACCGGGAGUACGGCUUCAACAGCGAGCAGGCGCAGCGGCUGUUCUCGCGUGACAACACCACAGCAGAGGAACUGCAGAACUUCAGCCUGGGACUGCAGUGGUGCUCUGCGCCCAUCUCCACCUGCGAUGGUGAGCUGUUGACGGAUUACUUCUAUGAUCGGUCCCAAGCCUCCUCGGCAGUGGUUGAUGACUGCAACUUGAAGUGCGAACAGAUGCAGCGGCAGAAUCGGCUCUGUCAUUGCUGGACUUUGACCACCACGCAUUGCAACUUUUAUCACGUGUUGGUAAGCACUCCUCCGGUGGAGACACCAUGCUGGAACCACAGCAGCGUGAACGUGUACCCCACGCUGAUCGAAUCCACCAACGGGCGGACCUCGUACUUCCCCUUGAUGAAGCGCUUUGUGCACACCAGCAACCGACCUUUAGGGGGCUUCUUUGCAGAGGCUUACGGCUCCACACAAGGCUUUCUGCAGGGAGUGCACUACUGGACGCAAGAGCAAGUGGACGGCAUCAUUGCUCUGAAACAGAACUUCUCGAACAGCGGGGAUGGGGAUUCACCCUCCUCCCAGGGUUUGAUGUUCAAGCAGUUGAACGAUUGGAUUUUGGGAGGUUUCCUUGGCCCCAAGACAGGCUACUUGGUGGUGGAUUGGAUGAACUGGAAUCCAAAUCACGAUGUGGUGAGUUGGGUAGUGCUGAAGUUCAAAGUGGAUGCCAGCGGAUUGGUCUCCACCGGCCGCAGCAUCAAUCAUCUCGUGAUUCCACAGAAGGACUUGGACCUGAUACGAGAGGAUCCCAAUUCCAUCUUUUGGCCAGGCUUCAAUGUUUGGCAUGGCCUGUAUAUCCUGUUGGUGGCCUAUUACUUCUUUAAGGAGGUCUACGAACUGAUUACCACGGGACUUCGUUACUUCUCUUUCUGGCAGCUCAUGCUGGAUAUUGGCGUCUUGCUGCACAUGUCGGUCAUUGGCUUGAGAUACUAUCAUCACAGCAUCUCGAACUUCACCAAGACCUUUGCAACAGACUUGGACUCCACGUUGGCUCUAGACCUGCCCAGUUUCGAGAACGAGGCGGUGGCAUGGAGCAAUUUUCUGCUGGCCAGUUGCUUCAUGAUGGUCUUCCUCUUUGGGGGACUGGUCCAAUACCUUAGCCCCCUGGAUGAUCUGGAGGGGGAUGUGGCGAUGUGGAUGGCUGGUGAUCUCUUCCCACGCAUCUCGGUCUUGGUGGACACUGUGAGCAGAUCCAUCACACCUGUCUUUUUCUUGGUCAUCAUCCUUUGCGACGUCUUCUUUGCCUUUGUCAUCUGGUGCAAUCUCUUGUUCGGCAAGACUGUGAGGGACUUCAGCAAUAUCCAGGUGACCGCCAUCAGUUUGACGGAGAUGUUGUUUGGUCGUUUGGACGUGGUGGAAGAUCUGCGGUUGUCCUUUCCCAUCACUGGCUUCUUUUUCUAUCUGGUCUUCAUGGUUCUCUUCUUCUUCAUCCUGCAGUACUUGAGUCGCGCCAUCGUGCUGACCAGUUUCGACGACGCAACCCGCAGCUUUGAGGAGCGCCAGAGGACCAAGAAACUGCUGGCUGGCGAUCAGCUGGCGUCCUUCUUCAAGCAACAGGUGGCCUGGGCCAAGAAGGUCCUGGGACUCAACUUUCGCGCCCGGGAUCUGAAGACAGCAGGAGGAAUGGAGCCGUAUCCCACACAGAAGUGGGGGCUCAUUCCCUUCACCGGCUUCUGUGCCUUGGCACAGCCAGGUGCCAUCUAUGUGAUCUUUAUCUCCAUGGUUCUCUGGGUGCCUGAGGGGCACGAUGUGGUGCAGUCCCUGACGGAAGCCUUGAAGAGACCCACCUUCAGCAAGGUGAACCCCCUGUCGCGGGAGAUCGACCUCGACAUGGAUUUUGAUCGCAUUGAAACGCGGGAGGACGUGCUUCGCUGGCUGGCCGUGUCCUUCUCCAAGGCCCUCUACAAUUCCUCAAGCAGCGACAAUGUCUUGGGGAACUACGCAGCUUCACCUCAGUACAAGCAGGUGGUCAUCAACGACUGGAACAUUUUGCUGGGCCAACGCCCCGUCCGCCUCUCCUUACAGUACGACCACAUCGUUCCGGUGUCCAACCUGUCGGUGACGGCGCGACUGCCGGUGGCGCAACUGAUUCGCGGCGACAGCCUGGUGAAGGAGCGGACGGAGCUGAAGGAUCUACGGGCGCAGGAGGUGUUGCAGAAGUACUGUGGCAAUUACACUGAGGAGAUGGGCUUCAGCUGUAUGUUGAGCGUGGAUCCUGAGGUGACGAUACCGGCGCUUCUGGACAUGCGCUUGAAAGGCAUUGCUACCAACCAGACCUCUAAGAUGACCUUAGACUUCGUGUCCUACAAUGGAAACAUCGACAUGUUCUUCUAUGUUUGCAUCAAUUUCGAUUUCACCACCAGUGGCUACAUUGACAAGGAGAUCAAGAUCUUCCCCAUUAAGCUGCCGGAUAUGACCAGUGCAUUCUUCCCCAUCCGCCUAAUCCUGGAGAUUUUGAUUAUCGCCUUCACCGUCGGCCGUUUGGCCAAGUGCAUGCGAGCCGUCUACUGCGUCCUGCUGGCCGGCAUCAAGAAAGGCAAGGCAGGCACCUUCGGGCAUCGGCUCUUUGUUGCCUUUCAGGUCUUAGUCUUCCACAUCGUGCAGCAUCCCUUCAUCGUCUUCGACUUCCUGAGCGGUAUCAGCACUGUGCUGACGUUAGUCAUGUGGUACUCUUUCGUUCUCUUAGACCUAACGCAGAGCUUCUACUUCGCCGAGAGCCCAGAAUGGACUCCAGCCCAAUGCGCGGAAACGGGGCUCUGUAGCGACUACACGGCCAUCUCCAAGUUUGCACAGGCCAGUCAACAGAUGCGCUUCUUCACCCAGGCUAGUGGAGAAGCCUAUUUGACCAAUCUGCCGCGACUGCAGAUCUGCGCUGCAAACACAAUCUUUCUCUUCUUGUGCUACCAGAAGUACUUGUCUGCCUUUCCGACUGGUCGAGUGAUUGCACGUGCCAUGCUGAAUGGUUUGGCGGAUAUCCUGUGCUUCUUUGUGGUCAUGGUCGUCCUGUUGUUGGGGUACGUGGCCAUGGGGCACACCAUCUUCGGCACCAUCAUGGUGGACUUUUCCACCCUGGGAUAUUCUGUGAUUACCUGCUUCCAGAUGUUCCUGGGAACCUUCCGAAGCUUCGCAGAGAUGCGACAGGCCAAUAGUAUUGCCUACUACUUCUAUUGGUACACCUACAUGGUGCUCUUCAGAUAUGUCUUGGUGAACAUGUUCUUCGCUAUCAUUGCCAAGCACUUCCAGAAGGAAGACAAGGCAGUGGAGGAGCAGCGCUUGGAACGCGCGGCGCAGCAGGCGCAGCAGGCGCAGCAGGUACCUGGAGAAAGCCAGAGCAUGCUGGAGCAGAUUAAGGUGGCGCUCAAGACCUUGCUUGGCAUGUGGACUCCGGCUUCGCAGGAUCCCAACGAAAAGGCCUUGGAGGAAGAUCCCGAUGCACCGCUGGAGAACUUCGAGGAUUUGGACCCAGUGGCCUCGCCCAAAUCCCCGAAGCGAUUGGACGCGUCACAGUCGGACGUGUCCAUGGACACCACCGAGAUGGACGACAGCAUCGCUGACGACUUGAUGGAGCCCAACUGGAGAUUCCUGCCUGAUGAAACCAGACUGUGGGCGGUGGACACGGCCAAAGAGAUCUUCCGUUUCAUUCACGAGAAGAGUCGACUGCGAGAGGAAUUAGAAAAGCACAACAAGGAGCAGUUCGAUAUCGAUCAUGUGCAGGAGGAAGCAGAGACCGCCAUCCAGGAAAAGGCCUUUGAGCUGGGGAAGAAGGCCGAAAAGGUCACUGGACUCACUGAAAAAUCGCUGGGAGAGGCCACGAUCAGGGGGAUCUCUGUACAUGGAACCACGAAAGGCCCCACGAAAAAGUGUAGAUCCCUAUGA